AUGGACAAGGUCAACGUUACGGGGUUGAAGGCGCUGCGGAAUGAGAUGAUAACGUUCGUCAAGGGGGAAGUCGACAGGAAACGGGCGGGCCAUGUCGGUAUUGCGGCCGACGACUGUGACGACCACGGCGACGAUCCCCCUUCGGCAUCCCAAGCUGUAGGUGUCGCCCACACCGUCGACGAUGCGCGGGGGACUCCACAAGGAGAGCCAGGAGCCGACGUCGACAGGAUGGAUGAGGGGGCAGGAAGGGCGGAAAAGGAGGAGGAGGAAGUGGAAGAGGAGGAGGAGGAGGACGACGACGACGAGGAGGAGGAAGAUGAGGAGGAGGCGGCGAUUGUCGGGGAGGCGGAGAAGCAGCAAGAGGGGGAGGAAGAGGAACUGGUCGAGCUAGAGAUAAUUGAAGGGGUGGUGGAGUGCGACGACGGAGCGGAGAAACUGGGUGGGAGGACGGCGGAUGUUGUGAACGGGGGUGUGGAUGAGGCCGACGACGCCUGCGUGGGGGCGGCACCCGGGCGGGGCGAGAAGGUCGUGGUCGGCGAUGUGGCUGGCGUCAUAAAGGAAGUCGUCGACCCCGAGGCCGGUGUAGGCGGGGAUACCGCAGCGGCAACGACGCGGACGGGAAUGGAUGGGCCUACCGAGGCCAAGGCGGUGGGGGAGAGGUCAAGGAAGAACAAGGCGGCGCGUGGUCACCCCGGUCCCGCGGCAUCCGGUCGGCGGGCACCGGUGGACGUAGUCGAGCUGUUGCGAGCGGAGAACACGAGGUUGCGGGCCGACAACGCACGCCUGCAGGAGUCGCUCAAUGACCAGACGGGACGGGUCGACAUCUUGGCGAAGGCGGUAGCUGGACUCCUCAACAAGCUCACGGCGUUGACCGCACAGGUCGCCGCAACCGAGCAGAAAGCUUCAAAACGUAUCGAAGACGCCACUUCGGCCAUGUCGACCACUCUUGCCGACGAGAUCACUGACAACAUCGCGGACGCCAUCGACGCUACGAAGGUGGUGUCGCGAUUUGUGGUGGACUGGUUGAAGGAAAUGAGUGGUCCCCAAAGAACGAUCGCAGUCGAACGCGCAUCAGCGGUAACCUGUGUGGUCGAGCACCAGAAUGCAGUUUGGAAAGGCCUGGAGGAGACCAUCAUCAGCUACAUCGGCGCCGCACAAACCAACAUUGCCGCCGCGGUUUCUCGCCCCAUCGUCCUGCCGACGCCGCCACCUCCUCCUCCCGCCCCAACUCAAGCCAUACCGGAAGAGUUCCUUCAGUCGUUCAAGGCCGACGUGCUGAAAGCGGUGACGGAGGUCACAUAG